AAGUCCAUCAGGCAUCACCUACGUAAGGGAGAGAGGAAAAAAACAAAACAGAAGACGCUUUUUAGACAGCGGUGGUGACGACGACGAUGCUCUGCUCGGUACAGAGGCCCCGUGUCUAGUUGAAAAAAAGCAACGCAGAGUGAAAGUCUUGCUCCGAUGGUGGUGGAGGAGGGCGAAAGGACGCGACUUGGAAGCGAAAGUGACGAGGAAGGAGAGGAAGAAAUAGAGGGAUGGAGGAGGCAGAAAUGGCUGAGCCACUACGCACCACAUCAUCGGAUACUGUUGGUGGGUGAAGGCGACUUCUCUUUCUCGUCGAGUUUGGCCUCGGCUUUUGGCUCUGCCUCCAAUGUGACCGCCACUUCCCUCGACCAUUAUGAUGCCUUGAUCAGGAAGUAUAAGAAAGCAAAAUCAAAUGUGGGGAAGUUAAAGAAGCUGGGAGCUUCCUUGUUGCAUGGAGUGGAUGCCACCGGAAUGAAAGACCAUCCAGAUUUGAGAGUGCGGAAGUUCGAUCGAAUCAUCUUCAACUUCCCUCAUGCGGGGUUCCAUGGAAAGGAAAACAACGUGCAGUUGAUCAAUAUGCAUAGGGAACUUGUGUAUGGCUUCUUUUGGAACGCAAGCCAAAUGCUUCGUGCUGAUGGUGAAGUACAUGUAAGCCACAAGACUGAAGCUCCAUAUUGUUAUUGGAAGCUGGAGCAACUUGCAUCUUGGAAUUCUCUGAAAUUGACUGAUCAGACAGCUUUUGAAAGCAAGAAUUAUCCAGGAUAUCACCACAAGCGCGGAGAUGGUUCGAGAUGUGAUGAACUCUUUCCUCUGGGGCCUUGCAGUACCUUCAAGUUCAGGUUCUACCCUGGAGCUUGGGAUGUGUUGAGAGAGUCAAUGACGCACAACAAUGCAAUUCGUGGAGAAUGUCGGCAAAUUUAUGUGAGUCCGGUUCAGAUGCCUGUGGACUUGCCACCAAUUUAUGAGAGAUCAGUUCAGGUGCAUGUAGGAUUUGAGCGAAUUUAUGAGAACCUGAUCCGGACACAGGAGCAGGAGCAGUUGCUGCCACUCUUAUUUGGUCCCUUUCCUUCAAUGACCCAUGUUCCGUUACCCAAGAAUACACAUAUAGAGUUGGGAAUGAAUUCCAGGAACGAAUAUGGAGGGAUUGGUGCCUGUCACCAAAACAUUAUGCAGGAGCCACUCUCAUUUGGUCCCUUUCCUUCAGUGACCCAUGUUCCGUUACCCACGAAUACGCAUAUAGAGUUGGGAAUGAAUUCCAGGAACGAAUAUGGAGGGAUUGGUACCUGUCACCAAAACAUUAUGCAGGAGCCACUCUCAUUUGGUCCCUUUCCUUCAGUGACCCAUGUUCCGUUACCCACGAAUAUGCAUAUAGAGUUGGGAAUGAAUUCCAGGAAUGAAUAUGGAGGGAUUGGUGCCUGUCACCAAAACAUUAUGCAGGAGCCACUCUCAUUUGGUCCCUUUCCUUCAAUGACCCAUGUUCUGUUACCCAGGAAUACACAUAUACAGUUGGGAAUGAAUUCCAGGAAUGAAUAUGGAGGGAUUGGUGCCUGUCACCAAAACAUUAUGCAGGAGCCACUCUCAUUUGGUCCCUUUCCUUCAAUGACCCAUGUUCCAUUACCCAGGAAUACACAUAUAGAGCUGGGAAUGAAUUCCAGGAACGAAUAUGGAGGGAUUGGUGCCUGUCACCAAAACAUUAUGCAGGAGCCACUCUCAUUUGGUCCCUUUCCUUCAAUUACCCAUGUUCCGUUACCCAGGAAUACACAUAAUAUAGAGUUGGAAAUGAAUUCCAGGAAUGAAUAUGGAGGGAUUGGUGCUCAUCACCGAAACAUUAUGCAGGAGAUACCACAUAGAACAUGUUAUGAUGAUGCGUGGUUUCGCUUGGGCCCUCUGCCUGAUCUUGCCCCAGAACAACAUUAUGCAGAUGUAGAAAGAAGAACGUCUGUCGGUGACCUGCAUCGUUUCCAAGGGCCCCAACAUCGGGAGAACUUGAGGAGGCUCAUAUAUUCUUUUGGAAGGCCGUGACUGGAUCGCAUUCCCAUUCUGAAUGCAGGCUACGCAGAGAAUAUCAACGCUGGUAAGGGGUAGAAUAUUUUGGAAUCUGUUUUUGUACAGAGGUUGUGCGGACGGUGCUGGUAAAUGGUAGAAUCCUUUGAAAUCUGUUUUUGUUUGGACUUGAAAGUUCUGAAUUUCUCCAAAUUCGGACGUUUAAGCUGAGGUCAAGACCUGGACAGAUUUCUCUGUGUUUAAAUAUUUAUCGGAGCAAUUUCAAGCCCUGUUCUCCAACUAGAGCAGAGAAUAUCCAUGGAUGUUAGACUCCCCCCUUUUUAAGGUUGGGGACAAGCGGGUGACUUUGGACUCCUGUAUCUUGAUGUUUGUGUUCCAAUUAUUAUUUGGGUUAA